AUGGGACCAGCCUGCGCCGGGAAUCUGUCCAACAGAGACCCAUAUUUCCAGGAGGCAAGGAGAGAGGGGAAGAAGAAAAUGUAUCAUGAGGAUGCGGCUUCUUUCGAUCCCAAUUCUAUGGCUGAUGAUGGGUUUUUUCAGACUGCCCCGACCAUCGACUGCCCAGUCUUUCCAGCACCACAACCGCUCGUGCCCGCGAACACCACGGAAGAUGAGAAUAACAUCCAGCUCCCCAACUUCUCUGUCGAACAAUUCUCUAAUUCCCAGCACAGGAACCCUCCUCCUCCUGAUCAUCAUCAAGAAGGUGGUGGUGCUGCUGCUGCUGCGGCGGCCAUGGAAACUGAAGCACUAAUGCAGCAGCAGCUGCUGCAAUUUGAAAUGGAUGACCGCUGCUACAAACACAGCAACAAUACCAAUACCCACUUGAUGCAAGAGGCGGCGAUACAUGACUCGAAUCAUCUUCAUAGCCACCACCAUCAUCAUCAUGAGAAUGUGUCUUAUGAUCAUCCUAAUCAGCAGUGCAUGCGCAACAACUGGGACACUGGUGAUCAUGUCCACGAUCAGAUGCAAGAUUUUAGCGUCAAUGGUCACCAGGUCUUCAUGAACAAUUCAUCUUUACCUGCAGAUCAAACUACCCCUCUAUUCGCUCCGGCAGCUCCUGAACUUCUGAAUCUCUUCCACUUGCCCAGAUGCUCUGCCUCGGGCGCCUCAAGUUUGCUUCCCAACAUUGGUUCUUCAAGUAUCUCAUUCCCCACCGCAGCAAACCCCAACCACAACUCGGCGAGCAUGCAAGCUGCCUCUUCCUUAGGCCUUCUCGGAGAUCACCUCCCUAAUUCUGUAGACAUUAAUAUUACUGCUCCUCCCGCAUCUGGUACUGUUUUGUUCGAUCCCCUGUUUCACUUGAAUCUCUCUCCACAGCCUCCUCUUUUCCGAGAACUAUUUCAAUCUCUGCCCCGCGACUACAGCUUGCCGGCCUCAGGAGUCGGAGCUGGCUCCUUGUUCGGCAGUAGCGAUGGCUGCGCUGCUCAUGAGCAAGAGAUGCUCAGCGGUGGGCAUGUCUACCACAGCGGAGACCAUCACGGGGUGCACUUCAACAAUGGAGUUUUGGAGUUCACAAGGGACAUUGAUGUUGCCUAUAAAGCUAGGAGCAGGGGAUUAGCCGCGCGGAAGGGCACCAAACACUUCGCUACGGAGAGACAAAGGAGAGAACACCUGAACGGCAAGUACAAGGCCUUGAGGAGUCUGGUUCCCAACCCCACCAAGGCUGACAGAGCAUCUGUGGUGGGAGAUGCUAUUGAAUACAUCAAGGAGCUUCGGAGAACAGUGAAUGAGCUGAAAAUCCUAGUGGAGAAGAAGAGAUGUGGAAGAGAAAGGAGCAAGAGGCAAAAGACGACAACGGCGACGGAUCAAGCUGAUACUAUUAUCAACGCUACUGCUGCGGCGGUGGCUGGUGAAAUGGAUAUAGAGAGCUGCAGCAUCAACAAGCCUCCGGGCUUCGGCGGGGCUGGCGCCGACGCAGACCAAUCCUCCUACGCCAAUAAUGGGUCCCUGAGAAGCUCCUGGCUUCAACGGAAAUCCAAAGACACCGAAGUUGAUGUUCGGAUCGUGGAAGACGAAGUCAACAUCAAACUCGUUCAGCGCAAGAAAAUCAAUUGCUUGCUCUACGUGUCUAAAACCCUGGACGAACUGCACUUGGAUCUCCACCACGUCGCCGGCGGCCACAUUGGCGAUCACUACAGCUUCUUGUUCAAUACGAAGAUAUAUGAAGGUUCGUCUGUGUAUGCGAGUGCGAUUGCCAACAAACUCAUUGAGAGUGUGGACAGACAUUUCACAUCAUCGGCG